AUCCUGUGUAUCUUUGAAAAUAAAAUGAAAUGAAAACGACUUGAUGCUCUCUAUAGAUUAACACAGAGAUAAUUUACAAAUUUACAUUUAAGCACUUAAAAUGUAGCUACACUCUUUAAAAGCGGACAGGGAAGAAGAAGUUCAUUUAUACAUUUGACAAUGUAAACAAGUAAAUAAACUGCAGGACUUUCACAAUGAUUAAAAUAGUGACAAUGUACGUGUUGAAUAUUCAUAAUGUCAAAUUUUACUACAAAAUGCUUACGUAGCUGGAGGACUAUUUAAACGAGAAAACGGUCGUCUAAACGGAGUUUAUGAUACAUGGUUAACGAAUCAUGAGAUGAACUGAUGUUACGGUGUGCGCAUGUUUCUGAAAAUGGACAUUUAAAGUCUUAUUUUGUUAACAUUUUUUUUCGUUUAGCAUAUAUUUAAGAAAGUAUUUUGGAAGUAUAGUACUGUAACCAUGUCGGCGUCGGCUUCACGUGACAACCGUCGGAUGUCGGUUACUAGGGAAAUAUACCGUCGGCAGUCAAGAGAUAUUCUUGUACACAGAAACUCAGCUCCACAUGUGAUACAAGGCCAAUCAUCCCCCGCGGGACCUCAUAAACGAAGAACAUCUGGACCUAAACCUCACGUACUGAAAAGAUUUUAUGCAACUGUUCCAGACGCCGACAGAAAAUACCUACUAGUGCCAAAAUCAUUCCGCAAAGCGCAACAGAGACCAGCUAAGAGAAACUACUUGCGUUUAGCUUUUCAAGCUUUGCGAAAUCGAGUACCAGUGUUUGACACCGUGGCUUCUUACAAUUUUAGAGAAAACUUAAUUCCCGAUCUUGUGGCCGGCCUUGCAGUUACCGGGUUACAUUUUCCACAAGGCUUGGCGUAUGCUUUACUUGCCGGGUUGCCUCCAGGCAUUGGGAUGGUCUCUACCAUCUUUCCUGUGCUCAUCUAUAUCUUCUUUGGGUCCGCCGCUCACACAUCAAUAGGGACAAAUGCCAUUGUUUCUAUAAUCAUAGGCGAUAUGCUUCUUGAGCCAAGCGUGCAGGUGGCUAUGAAAAGUGUAGCGGGCACUACAGAAAGUCCUAUAGAUGUCCAACUGAACAUGUCAGAUUCAAUCAAUGUGUCAGACACAUAUAAAGUAGGUGCAGAGACAGACCCAGAGGAAAAUGAAAUUGUAAUGAAAUAUAGAAUAGCUCUUGUCGCCGGCGCAACGUUUUACACGGGAAUCAUAUUUGUCGUUAUGGCUAUAUUUAGAAUGGGAUUUCUUGUCACCUACCUCUCACAAUCUUUCAUGAGUGGAUUCACGACCGGCGUUGCUGUUCAUAUAUUUAGCAGUCAGAUUAAAACAGCUUUAGGGUUGAAGCUUCCUCCUCUAGAAGGUGUUGGCAAACUGGUCAAACUAUAUUACAGUGUGUUUAAACAUAUAACUUCUGUAAAUAUUGGUGAUCUAGUCGUAUCGAUAGUCUGUGUUGUGAUACUCUUGUUUGUGAAAAUUGGAAUAAAUGAACGAUUAAAACUUAAAGUGCCGAUACCAAUAGACUUUAUACUGCUUGUGGUUGCGACAAUCAUAUCAUAUUUUGCCAAACUGCCUAGUUUGGGUGUACAUGCCCUUGGGAAGGUUGAAUUAGGGAUUCCGGCGCCAGAACUGCCAGCAUUUACACCAGCAGGACCUUUAAUAGUUUACGCUAUUCAAAUAGCGCUUGUUACAUUCUUCCUCAAUAUUUCCGUAAUUAAAAUCAUUGCUAGGAGAAACGGCUAUGAAAUCAGUGAAAAUAUAGAAUUAAACGCCUACGGAAUGUGUAACAUUAUUCCAGCAUUCUUUUCAAAUAUUCCAGCAAGCGUAGCGCCACCUAGGUCUUCCCUCCUUUCAAGUAUGGGAGCAAAAUCUACAAUGAAUGCUGUAUCUACUUUUGGCAUAAUGCUGGCGCUGAUAUUUUAUUUUGGUCAAUUUUUCGAAACAUGUCCGAAAGCAGUAUUAGCGUCAAUGAUAAUGGUUGCAAUGAAAGACCUCUUGAAACAGGUUACAGUCCUUCCCAAGCUGUGGAAGGUCAACAAGAACGACUUCACUACUUGGCUGUUCGCUGCAGUAUGUUGUGUGUUCACGGAUAUUCCGUAUGGCCUAGCAUUAGGCGUACUUGUCUCUCUUCUUUCCGUCAUUAAUCAAAGUCAGAGAGGAUGGGUUUCUGUCAUUGGAAAAUCCGAUUCAGAAGAUCUAUAUUUAGACGCGGAGGAUUAUGGUGCCAUACAUGAGAUUCCUUGCGUUAAAAUAGUCCGAAUGGAAUCAUCAUUGUACUUUGCUACAUCAGAAAUGUUCAGAAAGAACAUUUAUAAAAUAAUUGAAAAAGAUUCAGAUAAAUAUGCGGAAGAGAAAAAAGAAACCGCGUCGACGCACGACGGAAAGUCUUUGAAAAGCUAUGAUGACGUCGGAGAAGCUAUGAUUGGGCAUGGCGGCAUCUGUAAAGAUACUAUUAAAGAAGAGGAUGGUGACGAAAAGGGACCAAGCUCAGAUGAAGAAGAGGAAGAUUGUUUCAAGCUCAAAGUAUUGGUCAUUGACUGCAUUUCAGUUAACUUCAUUGAUUGUACAGGGUUAGAUAUGCUGAAACUGGUCAUAUUUGAAUUAGGAUGUUUAGAUAUUUCAGUCUAUUUGGCACGUUGCUCAAGGUACAUGCUUCAUUUGAUGGAGAAAUCAGACAUGUACGAUGAAUAUCCACGUGAAAAUGUGUUUAUAGACCUCCCUGAUGCCGUUGACGCUGCACUCAAAGCGAGUAAGCCUAUCGCGAAAGACCAUAUUGCUGAAAUGGAAACAGAACAUAAACCUCGACCUCCUCCAAAGGUUAUGUCUUUCGGUUCAAUCACUUCAGAUUAUGACAAAUUCAUUCACCGUAACAGCAUUUUUCAGCCUUUGUAACUCAGCCAUUUUACAUUAAGUUUGUUGAGUGUUUAGUAUGCGAUUUGACAUUCUCUUGUUACUUUUUUAUUAUUGAAACUAAAUUUUCUGUUGGUGUCAACACAGAAAAUAUGACUAACGAUUAAAAUUGAACUAACUUGUGACGACACGUAUUGACUUCCAGCAGUGAUGUCAUGGCAUUUUGAACGUCAUAUCAGUGUGACGUCAUAAACAAUUAAAGACCUGGCAAAACGAACAGCCGCUGCAAAAGUUUGGAUUUUAUAAAUUUGCUCUCUAUUAAGCACCAAGUUGAUAGAUUUAAUAAUAAAACAAUUGUUGCCUUUAAGGUGUGGUCAUUAUAUAUUCUUUUGACCUGAGAAAAAUGAAAACAAUCUCGGGCUAUUCCCAAGGUAGAUGCCAGUUUUUCCAGGUCGAUAAAUCUCCAUAGUGACGUCAUUAAAAGGCAAAAAUUGUACGAUAUUGCUCGGGAAUAUAUACAUGUAUACGUUUAUUGAAAUGUGACGUCAACGUCAAUCAACCCGAGUCUGCAGCAUUUUCAUUUUUGUCGUGGAGUUUCCACUUUUUUCUAUUUUAUUCAAUAUAAACAGUGUUAUAAAAACGGGAAGUAACACGUCCCACGGAAUAGUUUAGGAGUGCCUAGACGCGGCCUACGCGCGUAGUUAACUAAACAGUGUGUAUGUACUUAGUGUAACAGCAUUCCGUUCUUAAACAUUUUUUCAUAUAAAAUAAUAUAUCAAAUAUAGUAGCACUCUUUCUUGGCGCCUGUAUCGCGCCAAAUAAUACGUCGACUUGACGUCAGAUUUCCGUGUUUUAACGGAAGUGUGCACGGAUUUUUGAUAUUAGAAUAAAUGUAAAACUAUGGUGUUUGGACAACCUUUGUAUCGCGUAUGAUUGUGUAUAUAGUGGUAUAUGACUUCAACUGUAUAAUGACUGUAUUUUACAAUGUCACAUGACUUCAACUGUUUAAUGAUUGUGUAUAGUGUCACAUGACUUCUGUGUUUACAGUGUUCUAUAUACUUCUAUGUCUGUCUAAUUGAUU